ACAAACACACAUUCACACAACUUGUGCCAAAAUCACCAUGACUGAGAAGGACUGUAGCCACCAUGAAGACAAGCGACAACGGCUCUACCGCCGGAUCUUCGCAGCUCUGCUAGCCCUCAUCAUCAUCAUUCUCUUCAUAAUAUUCCUCGUCUGGAUCAUCCUACGCCCCACAAAGCCCCGCUUCGUCCUCCAGGAUGCCACCCUUUACAGUGUCAACCUUUCGGAACCAAAUAUGCUGACCACAACUAUGCAAGUCACCGUCUCCUCUCGAAACCCAAAUGAGAGGAUCUCCAUAUCCUAUGAAAAACUGGACAUCUAUGCUUCUUAUCGGAAUCAACAGAUAACUCUGCCUACUACCAUCCCAAGCACUACUCAGGGUCACAAGGAGAUCACUGUUUGGUCUCCAUUUUUGAAUGGAGAGUCUGUGCCUGUCUCUCCUUACUUGUCUACUGCUCUGACUGAGGACCAAAAUGCAGGGCUGCUGCUUGUGAAUAUCAAGAUUCAGGGGAAGAUCAGAUGGAAGGUUGGCACUUGGAUUUCUGGGAAGUACCGAUUGAAUGUUAAUUGUCCAGGGUAUAUCUCUUCUGGUGAAAGAAACAAGGGUAUUGAGAUUGGGCCUUCAAUCAAGUAUCAGUUUGUUCAAGUUUGUCAUGUCGAUGUUUGAGCAAUCAAAAAUGGCUGCCGCGAGUUAGCAAAUUUUCUAUGUUUUCUUUUCUUAUUAUAUAGUUUCUUUCUUUUUCUUGGCGAUUAUUUUAUGAUAUGAUCAAAUUAAUGGCUUCUUACUGCCAAAAAAGUGCGAAAUAGUCUUCUCAAUUGCAUUGAAUAUUAUUUGAAUCCAAAAUCUAAUUUGUGGUUGGUACCAUCAA